AUGCCACCUAAAAGCAGGAAACUUUUGGGACGGCGCACGGCAGCGAGGGCGAGUGAAACACCUGAACAGACUUCUUUGCGUCUUUCACGGAUGGCCUCGAGCUCAGCUGCUCGCUUAUCUACGGAAAUCGGCGAUGCGCGGACUGAAAGGUUGACUUCAGCGGCUUCAACCAUGUCCGUAUGCCGCGCCAGGCUUUCAGUUGAAGACCGUUCACUUCAGAAUUCACAGGACGCAGUCCGCGUGGCUAGGUUGAGGGCUUCACAGUCCCCAGCACAGAAAACCCUUCGCUCCAGGGAUUUAGGAAGCCCCGAACAAACAACUUCACGUUGUCUUAGGAAUACUAGGGCUACAGCCGCCACUAGAGCUUCGGAACAACCCCAAGAAACCGCUCAUCGUCGCUUUAGAAAUGUCCUAUCCACUGCAUCUGCUAGAGCCCUAGAAAGCCCUGCACAGACCACUGUUCGUCGCGUUAAAAAUGCCCGCUCUACUGCGUCUGCCAGGGCUGCAGAAAACUCUGAAGUGUGCCGUCAACGGCUCGAAAACAUAAGCCAACUUCUAGCUUCUUUGAAUGGCGUAACUUCGCCGUCUGCGUCAUCUUGGUCAAAUGCCGCAUAUAAUUAUGACUGCACUGUCAACUAUUCCGCUAGGAGAGACGUACAAAUAGGGGCCAUGGAUAAAGUUUGCACUUUUUGCAACGCAAAAAAGUGGGCCGGUGAGCAACCUGGGCUUUGUUGCUCUGGGGGCAAAAUCAAACUCCCUUCUUUAGACGAACCUCCCCAGCCGCUUAGGGACCUCCUUCCUGAGUUCCGGUCCAAAAAUAAAAUAAUAUUUUAA